UCAAACUAUUUAACUAGCCCCUCUCUACUGUGACCUUUGGACUCGAGCUUGGAAUCGAAGAACCAGUGAACACGAGAGCACGACGCCGGUGGCACUCGUUGAGGAUGAUCAACGCAGCUGGGCAACUUCUUCUCAGGGGGAGGAGCAGAGGUGUUCGUCCGAUGUUCUCUUCCGGCCUGGCCGAUCGCUCCUUCUCCUCGUCGGCGUCAAGCUCCAGAAAGUUGGAUGGGAAAGUGGCCGUGAUCACCGGCGCGGCGAGCGGCAUCGGCGAGGCCACGGCGAAGGAGUUCGUCAGGAACGGCGCCAAGGUCAUCCUUGCCGAUAUCCAGGACGACCUCGGCCGCGCGGUGGCCGGCGAGCUCGGCGCCGACGCCGCGUCGUACACGCACUGCGACGUCACGGUGGAGGCGGAUGUCGCCGCGGCCGUCGACCUCGCCGUGGCGCGCCACGGUCGUCUCGACGUCGUGUACAGCAACGCCGGCAUCGCCGGCGGCGCACCUCCGGCCACGCUCGCGGCGCUCGACCUCGACGACUACGACCGCGUCAUGGCCGUCAACGCCAGGUCCAUGGUGGCGUGCCUCAAGCACGCGGCGCGCGUCAUGGCGCCGCGCCGCGCCGGCUGCAUCCUCUGCACGGCGAGCUCCACGGCGGUGCUCGGCAACAUCGGGCCCCUCGCGUACUCCAUGUCGAAGGCGGCCGUCGUCGGCAUGGUGCAGACGACGGUGGCGAGGCAGCUGGCGCGCGACGGCGUGCGGGUGAACACCAUCUCGCCGCACGCCAUCCCGACGGCUAUGGCGCUGGGCAUCAUCGCCGAGACGUUCCCGGCGGCCACCGCGGAGGAGGUGAGGAGGAUGGUGACGAGGGAGAUGCAGGAGCUGGAAGGGGCGUCGCUGGAGGUGGAAGACGUGGCGAGGGCGGCCGUCUUCUUGGCGUCCGACGAGGCCAAGUUCAUCACCGGCCACAACCUCGUCGUCGACGGCGGCUUCACUGUAGGCAAGGUGCUCGUCCGGGAUCCUCCUGGCUCAGCUUGAAUUGGUGACGGGAUUGUCACGCAAAGCUUAGCUCGUCCAGUGCUUAUCUCAGUCUUAUCCGUACAUCGACAAGUCUGUCCAAAUUUGGAGGUUGCUGUCUCGGCAUUUCAAAUCCUUCGUUCUUUCUCAGCAAACUCAAUGGAUUAUUCCGUUUGCGUGUGCUAUUCAAAUAUCCAAUCACUAUAUUAUUGUGAUUGUGUUUAUCUCUCCGAAAUUCACCAGUGGCUUGUGGCAAUAGCAAUAGUUAAGGAGCAAUAGCCAAACCACUCGAACAGAUGGUCUUAAAUACUACUUCCUCCGUUUAUAUUACCAGACUUUUUAA